GGCAGUAGGGACUGCGUCUCAUUCAUUUAGCUAAACUAUAACCCAACACUAAAUCGUGUUUAAACGUUUCGUAUAGGUACUGUUGCUAAUUGAACUAAAGCCAGUGGACUUUUCGAUCCGCACUCUUGGGGUUACUUUUAAACCAUGCCAGCGCAACAGAAAGCAACAAAUGCGAAACCUAAACGGAUGUCAGUCGCACCUGUUAAACCCGCCAAAGCCACCAGUAAGAGAAAGGAUGAUGAUGAUGGAACAGAAUUUGGUGACGGAACUGACGAUUGGAUGCAAGGGAAGGCCCUGGUGAAACCACCCGACCAGCUGGACCUCACUGAAGCUGAGCUGAAAGAGGAGUUCACCAGGAUCCUGACGGCAAACAAUCCGCAUGCCCCUCAGAACAUCGUCCGUUACAGCUUCAAGGAACGUGCCUACAAGCCCAUCAGCAGUGUGGAGCAGCUGGCCGUCCAUUUCGUGCUGGAGGGUAACCUUCUGCACCAGGACUCCGACGAGGCUCGCAGACAGAAGGCCAAGCAAGGGGUGGCUGAAGAAAAGGCUCCAGUUGAAUCUACCAUAGCAGAAGCUGAUGAGGAGAAACCUGAAACUCCGGCAGGGGUGGAGGAGCCGGCCGAGGGGGAGGCGGAGCCGGAGGAGGGCGGAGCCGAGGAGCGGGCGGAGAGCGCGGAGAUGAAGGGCGCCGGCCGCGACCAGAAACUCACCAACCAGUUCAACUUCAGCGAGCGGGCGUCCCAGACCCUCAACAACCCGCUGAGGAAUCGAGAAUGCCAAACAGAACCCCCACCUCGUUCAAACUUCUCAGCCACAGCCAAUCAGUGGGAGAUCUACGACGCGUACGUGGAGGAGCUGCAGAAGCAGGAGAAGAGCAAGGAGAAACAAAAAGUGCUCCCGACCAAGAAGGAGGAGGACCGGGGCAAGAAGAAGGCAGCGCUGGCUGAGACGCAGAGUGAUGACAUCACAAAAGUGUCAAAGGUGGCCAAGAUCAUUGAGCGAAUGGUCAACCAGAAUACCUUUGAUGACAUCGCGCAAGACUUCAAGUACUUUGAGGAUGCUUCCGAUGAGUUCCGGGAACAGGAGGGAACCUUGCUCCCGCUCUGGAAGUUCCAAUACGAUAAAGCCAAACGGCUGGCUGUGACUGCCCUCUGCUGGAAUCCAAAAUACAAAGACAUUUUUGCUGUCAGCCUCGGAUCUUAUGAUUUCACUAAGCAAGGCCACGGGAUGCUUCUCCUCUACUCGCUGAAGAACUCCACCUUUCCGGAAUAUUCCUUCCCCACACUGUCCGGCAUCAUGUGCCUGGACAUCCACCCCCGCCUGACCUACCUGGUGGCCGUGGGCUUCUACGACGGCUGUGUGGCCGUGUACAACCUGCAGGAAGGCACGAACCCCGCCUACAAGAGUACCGCCAAGUCCGGGAAACACACCGACCCCGUGUGGCAGGUGAAAUGGCAAAAAGACGACAUGGACAACAAUCACAAUUUCUUCUCCGUGUCCUCGGACGGGCGUGUCGUUUCUUGGACUCUUGUCAAGAACGAGCUGGUGUUCACGGAUGUCAUCAAGCUGUCCAUAGAGGGCGCUGUUACAGAGGACCCAGAGGGCCUGCACCUGCCCACCAUGGCCUGCGGAACGUCCUUUGACUUCCAUAAACAGGUGGACUACUUGUUUCUGGUGGGCACAGAAGAAGGAAAAAUUCACAAGUGCUCUAAGGCCUACUCCAGCCAGUUCCUGGAGACCUACAGCGCUCACAACAUGGCGGUGGACAGCGUGCGCUGGAACCACUUCCACCCCAAAGUUUUCAUCUCCUGCAGCUCCGACUGGACUGUGAAGAUCUGGGACCACACCAUCAGCACGCCCAUGUUCACCUUUGACCUGAACUCUGCGGUGGGAGACGUCGCGUGGUCGCCGUACUCCUCCACCGUGUUUGCUGCCGUCACCGCUGAUGGAAAGGUUCACGUAUUUGACCUGAGCGUCAACAAGUACGAGGCCAUCUGCCAGCAGCCGGUCGUGGCCAAGAAGAAGACCAAGCUGACGCACAUCGAGUUCAACCCCAUCUACCCCAUCAUCAUCAUCGGUGAUGACCGCGGCUACGUCACCAGCUUCAAGCUCUCCCCUAACCUGCGCAAGAAGCCCAAGGAGAAGAAGGGGCAGGAGGUGCCCAAAGGCCCGGAGGUGGAGAUCGCCAAGAUGGAGAAGUUGCUGAGCUUGCUGAGGGAGCCUGGAAAUGGCUCCUAGAGCUGGAGCCCACACUCACACACACACACACACACACACACACACACACACACACACACACCUUACACAGGAAGCACAUUGCUAUAAAUGCAGCAAUAAGAAGAGCUUCUCUUGUCCAGGAGAUUAUUUUUAUUUGUCAAAUACAAAACGAAUAAAAAGGGUGUGUAUAAUGUAGUUUGGUUGUAUAUAUUAAAAUAAGAUUUCAAAAGUU